GCGCGAGCGGCGGCGGCGGCGGCGGCGGUUCCAGCAUGAAGAGGAGAGCUGGCCUGGGGGGCAGCAUGAGGUCAGUGGUGGGCUUCUUGUCCCAGCGGGGCUUGCAUGGGGACCCCCUGCUCACUCAGGACUUUCAGAGGAGACGCCUGCGGGGCUGCAGAAACCUCUACAAGAAGGACCUCCUGGGCCACUUCGGCUGUGUCAAUGCCAUUGAAUUCUCCAACAAUGGAGGCCAGUGGCUGGUCUCAGGAGGAGACGACCGCCGGGUCCUGCUGUGGCACAUGGAACAAGCCAUCCACUCCAGGGUCAAGCCCAUCCAGCUCAAAGGAGAGCACCACUCCAACAUUUUUUGCCUGGCUUUCAACAGUGGGAACACCAAAGUGUUCUCUGGAGGAAAUGACGAACAAGUUAUCCUCCAUGAUGUUGAAAGCAGUGAGACCUUGGACGUGUUUGCUCAUGAAGAUGCAGUAUAUGGCUUGUCGGUGAGCCCAGUAAACGACAACAUUUUUGCCAGCUCCUCAGACGAUGGCCGAGUUCUCAUUUGGGACAUCCGGGAAUCUCCCCAUGGAGAGCCCUUCUGCCUGGCAAACUAUCCAUCAGCCUUUCACAGUGUCAUGUUCAACCCCGUAGAGCCCAGGUUAUUGGCGACAGCCAAUUCGAAAGAAGGAGUGGGACUCUGGGAUAUUCGAAAACCUCAGAGUUCUCUCCUGCGCUAUGGUGGCAACCUGUCCCUCCAGAGCGCCAUGAGUGUGCGAUUCAACAGCAAUGGGACCCAGCUCCUGGCCCUGCGGCGUCGGCUGCCCCCUGUGCUCUAUGACAUCCACUCUCGCCUGCCCGUGUUCCAGUUUGACAAUCAGGGUUACUUUAACUCGUGCACCAUGAAGAGCUGCUGCUUUGCAGGAGACCGUGACCAGUAUAUCCUCUCAGGCUCUGAUGACUUCAACCUGUACAUGUGGAGAAUUCCUGCAGAUCCAGAAGCAGGUGGCAUUGGUAGGGUGGUCAACGGAGCCUUCAUGGUGCUGAAAGGGCAUCGGUCUAUUGUUAACCAGGUUCGCUUUAAUCCCCACACCUACAUGAUCUGCUCUUCCGGUGUAGAAAAGAUUAUCAAGAUCUGGAGCCCGUACAAGCAGCCGGGAUGUACUGGAGACCUCGACGGCCGGAUCGAGGAUGACUCCCGCUGCCUCUACACCCAUGAAGAGUACAUCAGCCUCGUGCUGAACAGCGGGAGCGGCCUGUCGCACGACUAUGCCAACCAGUCGGUCCAGGAGGACCCCCGCAUGAUGGCCUUCUUUGACUCCCUGGUGCGCCGCGAGAUUGAGGGCUGGAGCUCCGACUCCGACAGCGACCUCAGCGAGAGCACCAUCCUGCAGCUGCACGCCGGGGUCAGCGAGCGCUCCGGCUACACCGACUCCGAGUCCUCAGCCUCACUGCCCCGCUCCCCGCCCCCCACCGUGGACGAGUCCGCCGACAGCGCCUUCCACCUGGGGCCCCUGCGGGUCACCAGCGCAAACACGGUGCCAUCCACUCCGCCGACGCCCACGUGUGAGGACGCAGCCUCUCGCCAGCAGCGCCUGUCGGCCCUGCGGCGCUACCAGGACAAGCGCCUCCUGGCCCUCUCCAAUGAGUCUGACUCCGAAGAGAACGCCUGUGAGGUGGAACUGGACACGGAUCUCUUUCCCCGGCCGCGGUCCCCCAGCCCCGAAGACGAGUCCAGCAGCUCCAGCAGCUCCAGCAGCUCCGAGGACGAGGAGGAGCUGAAUGAGCGCCGCACCUCCACGCGGCAGCGGAACGCCAUGCGGCGCCGGCAGAAGACGCCCCGGGAGGAGAGGCCUGGGGCCCCCGGCAAGCCCGCCAACACCUACAUUGGAGAAGACAACUACGACUACCCCCAGAUCAAGGUGGACGACCUGUCGUCCUCCCCGGCCUCCUCCCCCGAGCGGGACGCCAGCACCCUGGAGAUCCAGCAGAGCCGCACCUCCCCGACUUCCGACAUGGAGUCGGUGGAGCGAAAGAUUUACAAAGCUUACAAGUGGCUCCGCUACUCCUACAUCUCUUACUCAAACAACAAAGACGGAGAGUCGUCCCUCGGGAUGGGGGAGGCCGAAGAAGGGCGAGCAGGAACCAGCCACAAAGACAACCCAGCCCCCUCCUCGAGUAAGGACGCCUGUCUGCCCUCAGCCCUGGCCCCGAGGAACCAGGACCUGCCCCCUGAAGGCUGCAGCAGGGACGCCUGUAAAGAAGGGACUUCGAGAAAUCCCAGCAGCGGCCCCGGCCAGGAGCACAGCAGCCGCCCGUGUGCAGACACGCAGGAGGGCGCCUCCCAGGACGCUAGCAGCGCUGGUUCUCUAGAACAUUCUUUUGAAACCAAGAAGCUCAACGGAAAAGCCCUUAGCAAGGCCCUGAGCAGCCGGGCCGAGGAGCCGCCCUCUCCUCCUGUCCCCAAGGCAUCUGGCUCCACUCUCAACAGUGGGUCUGGUGGCUGUCCCAGGACCCAGUCUGAUGACAGUGAGGACAGGGGUCUCGACACCAUCUGUGCCAACCACAACAAUGGACGCUUGCACCCCCGCCCCCCUCACCCCCACAACAAUGGGCAGAACUCUGGGGAGCUGGAGGCGGUGACCUGCUCUUCCCCAGGACAUUCAGACGCUGACCAUGACAACUCGUCCCUGGCAGGGGCACUCGUACACAAAGAUUGUUGCGGGUCUGAAAUGGCCUGCGAGACCCCCAGUGCUGGAACGAGAGAGGACCCCACUGACCCCGCAGCCACAGACAGCGGCAGGGCUGUUCACGGCCACAGUGGCCUGAAAAGGCACCGAGUGGAGUUGGAAGAUGCAGAGUCAGAGAAUUCCUCCUCAGAGAAGAAGUUGAAAACAUGAUAAAUACAAAGGGAAAACAAAAAGCUACAAAAAGUAGCCUUAUUAAAAAAAAAAUUCUUGUUUAGUGAACACAGAGGAAAGGAAAAAAGUAUUAAAGGCACAUAAAACCAGGGCCUGAAAUUUUGUGUCUGAUGCUGCUCCCUUCUCUUCAACAUUCUACAAUGGGUCUGAGUGUCUAGCUGGCCACUGGCUUGUGCUUUGUUAAAAAAGGCAGGGGGGGCGGGAAACCCAGGUGACUCCUUUCUAGUGAGAUUUGCACAUAGUGUGCCUGUGCAGGUGGAUGGACCUGUUCCUGUGCGUGUGCGCACUGGCACGUGUGAGCUCAGUGCCCCAUGAGACCUUUCUUUAGGCGUCCUCCGAGAGGGACCUGCGGGUCUGCAGUUUUUGCCAUUCCAUGCUGUUGACGUGCCGCAGGUGUUCUGUCUUAGCACAGUGAGUGCCUGUGAAGGGAGUUGUGGAAGGAUGUGCAAAGGAUGGAGAGGAGAGGCGAGGAGACCUGGCCUGCAGCCCAUGGGCUGUGUUGGAGAGAAAAGCAUGGCUCCUUUGUUAAGGAAGACGUCCGAGUUUUCUCUAAGUAGCACAUCUCCAUUGAGCAUUUAAUGCGGACACACUACAAACAGCGUGUUUAAUGCUGAUGAGAGGUUAGCGCUUAAGGUCAGAUUCAAGAAAGCAAAGAUCCCUGGUCAGGUUCACUGCACAAAAUUGAGCCAUGCUGCAGCAUGUACUGUAUGGAGGGCAUCAGAUAUGACUAGUUGUGGAUAACACGCUUUAACCAGUUAGGUGCUAGUUCCUAAGUGGCACUCAGGAGGCGAGCAGGUGCUUCCUUGGCUCCGUGGGAUGGAGUCUAGGCAUAUUGGAAGAGGGGGAAAGACAGCUUUCAAGAGCUUUUGUGCUGAGACACUGCAGUGGAUGUUAUGAAGAGUGUAGUGAAGAGCAGCAUGUGCUACUGUAUCCAUUUCAUUCAACCCAG